CAACACAUGGGGGGGGGAAAGCAGCACAGAGGACCUUUCCAGGGGGUUCGUGUGAAGAACUCAGUGAAGGAGCUCCUGCUGCACUUCAGGAACAGCAAGCAGAUGUCCUCGGGCCCUGCCACAGAGGAAAGCAAGGUACAAGGAGGAUUGGUAAACUACGAGCCAUACACAGAGCUGAAGAGUAUACUAGGUCACAGUGGCAAAAGAAAGGCUCCUGAGCUCCUUUCUGAUGGACCUUCUUUCAAACGCCAAGCUAAUGUUCACACACAUCUCUUGACACCUCCCCAGACACCAACUUCUAUGGAUAACAUGGAAGAGGCACAUAAAACUGACCCAAAGCAUGACAGCAGUUCUGAUCUGCUUCAGAACAUUAUAAACAUCAAGAACGAGUCGAGCCCCAUUUCUCUGAACACAGUGCAGGUUAGCUGGUUGCACACUGUCUCCAGUCACAGCUCUCCCAGUGAGCAGUACCAGGACAGUCCAGGAAUACAGGCUUUCUCCCCAUCCCAGAAGUACCAGCCAUUCCAAGAUCACACCAACCAGCAUAUGCUUGAUCCGCCACAGCAUUACCAGUUCCCUCCAUCCCAGAACCAAGAUUUAUCACAGAGUUAUCCUUCAGAUGCCUCCCUGGAGUACAGGCCGUUUGCUGCCAAUGACCAGUCUCCUGCCUACCAGCAGAACACCUUUGAUAGCCAUGAGCUGCCGUAUUGCCCAUCCCAGAGCUUCUCCUCCCUCCUGAAUGACUCUGAAGGCUCAGAGGGCAUCUCCACUCCUCUCCAGCCACUGACAGCUGCCCACCCACAGGCUGAUGUUGUCCCCCACGCACCAAACUUCAGCUUACUUUCCAGUAACAUCUCUGGUAGUCUGGAGCGCAGUGUCUCAUUGGCUGCUUUGAAUGUCUCUCUGCCUGACCAAAACAUUGCCAGAAGCACGACGCAGCUGGGCAAGUCAUUUUUUCAAUGGCAAGUGGAGCAGGAGGAAAACAAACUGGCUAACAUCUCUCAAGACCAGUUCCUUGCAAAAGACUCUGAUGGAGACACCUUCCUUCACAUAGCUGUUGCCCAGGGCCGUCGAGCACUCUCCUACGUUCUUGCAAGGAAGAUGGCUGCCCUGCACAUGCUGGAUAUUAAAGAGCACAAUGGCCAGAGUGCUUUCCAGGUUGCCGUGGCUGCCAAUCAGCAUCUCAUUGUGCAGGACUUGGUUAGCUUGGGGGCUCAAGUCAACACUACAGACUGCUGGGGUAGAACGCCGCUGCAUGUUUGCGCUGAGAAGGGGCAUGCCCAGGUCCUUCAGGCAAUCCAAAAGGGAGCCAUGGGAAGCAAUCAGUAUGUGGACCUUGAGGCAACGAACUAUGAUGGUUUGACAGCAUUGCAUUGUGCGGUUCUGGCCCAUAAUGCUGUGCUGCAUGAACUGCAAAACAGUCAGCCACCUCAUUCUCCUGAGGUCCAGGAGCUUCUGCUGAGAAACAAGAGCUUGGUAGAAACCAUCAAGACCCUGAUACAAAUGGGAGCCUCUGUUGAAGCGAAAGAUCGCAAAAGCGGUCGCUCAGCUUUACAUUUAGCAGCAGAAGAAGCAAACCUGGAGCUCAUUCGUCUCUUUUUGGAGCUGCCCAACUGUCUCUCUUUUGUCAAUGCAAAGGCUUACAAUGGCAACACAGCACUCCAUGUGGCUGCCAGCCUGCAGUACCGGGUGAGUCAGCUGGAUGCUGUCCGCCUGCUGAUGCGCAAGGGAGCUGAUCCAAGUGCCAGAAACUUGGAGAACGAGCAGCCAGUUCAUCUGGUUCCUGAUGGCCUUGUAGGAGAACAGAUAAGACGUAUCCUAAAAGGGAAGGCGAUUCAGCAGAGAGUGUCGCCAUUUUAAGCUCCAUGUUUCUUGGAGUUCAGCAACUCACACUCACUGUCAGUCAGGCAGUCCUAAUGUAUCUGUAAAUAGACCAUUUGCCUGGUGUGGGCAAAUGUUAGUUGUUUCUAUGAAACAAAAGUAUUUUGUUCACUAUUAUAUAGUGGGUUAUAUAAGAGUUUU